GGGAGGGAGGAGAAGCGCGGCCGACUGGGGAGGAGGAGGGGGGGGUGGGGAGGAAGAGGAAGGAGGGGACGGCGCUCGGCUGCCGGGGUCGCCCGCUGGCUUCGUCCGCACCCCCCCCUUCGCGGGCUCGCGCGGCGGCGGCGGCGGCGGCUCGGGGCGGCUGCGGGGCUCGCGUGCCUCACGCGCCGGCGCGGCCGAGGGCGAGUCGCCCGCCGGCUGGAGAUAAACAAGGCGGCCGACGAGGCGGCGAGGCGGAGGCGGAGGCGGCGGCCCUGCGCUACAGAGGCGGGCGGCGUUGCCGCGCCGCGCCCCCCGCCGCCGCCGCCGCCGCCCUCGGGCCUCCCGCGCGGGCCUCGCGCCCCGGUGCCUGCGAGCCGCCGCCCGGCCCGGCCCGCUCCGACAUGCCCCGCUCUGGCGGCCGGGCUCGCGGAGGACCAUGACCGCCGCGGCGAACUGGGUGGCGAACGGGGCGAGCCUGGAGGAUUGUCACUCCAACCUCUUCUCGCUGGCUGAACUCACAGGAAUCAAAUGGCGUAGGUACAAUUUUGGAGGACACGGGGACUGUGGACCCAUAAUUUCAGCCCCAGCCCAAGAUGAUCCAAUCCUGUUAAGUUUCAUCCGCUGUCUGCAAGCCAACCUGCUGUGUGUAUGGCGUCGUGAUGUCAAGCCAGAUUGCAAAGAGCUAUGGAUAUUCUGGUGGGGAGAUGAACCCAACCUAGUGGGAGUAAUACAUCAUGAACUGCAGGUUGUGGAAGAAGGACUCUGGGAAAACGGCCUUUCCUACGAAUGUAGGACGCUGCUCUUCAAAGCAAUCCACAAUCUGUUAGAAAGGUGCCUAAUGGAUAAGAACUUCGUGAGGAUCGGGAAGUGGUUUGUGCGACCCUAUGACAAGGAUGAAAAGCCAGUCAACAAAAGUGAGCAUUUGUCCUGUGCUUUCACGUUCUUUCUUCAUGGAGAAAGUAACGUGUGCACAAGCGUGGAGAUUGCUCAACAUCAGCCCAUCUAUUUGAUCAGCGAGGAGCAUUUACACAUGGCCCAGUCUUCACCUGCACCAUUUCAAGUACUGGUGAGUCCUUAUGGCUUAAAUGGCACGCUAACAGGGCAUGCAUACAAGAUGUCAGACCCAGCCACCCGCAAACUGAUUGAGGAAUGGCAGUACUUCUACCCGAUGGUGCUGAGGAAGAAGGAGGAGUCACGAGAGGAAGCUGAGCUGGGAUAUGACGAUGACUUCCCUGUAGCAGUUGAGGUCAUUGUUGGUGGUGUCCGGAUGGUCUACCCUUCAGCUUUUGUGUUGAUCUCUCAAAAUGACAUCCCGGUUCCUCAGAGUGCUGCCACUGUCGGAGGCCAUGUCACAGUCGCACAGCAGGGACUUGGUAGUAUGAAAGAUCCCAGCAACUGUGGGUUGCCUCUGACGCCUCCCACCUCUCCAGAGCAGGUGGUUAUAGGUGAGAGUGGAGGCAUGCAGAGUGCUGCCAGUCACCUCGGUUCCCAAGAUGGGGGAAUGAUAACUAUGCACAGUCCAAAGAGAUCGAGGAAGAUCCCUCCUAAACUCCACAAUCAUAUGGUCCAUCGAGUCUGGAAGGAAUGCAUCCUCAACAGAGCCCAAUCUAAGAGGAGCCAGGUGUCAACUCCCACUCAGGAAGAAGAGCCUGCUCACAGUCCUGCUGUUUGGGAUUUUGUGGACCCAACCCAAAGAGUCAGCUGUUCCUGUUCAAGGCAUAAACUUUUAAAGCGAUGUGCAGUAGGACCCAGCCGACCUCCUGCAGUAUCUCAGCCAGGCUUCAGUGCAGGACCCCCAUCAUCUUCCUCCUUACCACCUCCUGCUUCUUCUAAGCACAAAACAGCAGAAAGACAAGAAAAAGGAGACAAGUUGCAAAAGAGACCCUUGGUGCCCUUUCACCACAGGCCUUCUGUGGCUGAGGAGUUAUGCAUGGAGCAGGAUGCGCCUGGACAGAAGCUAGGCCUGGCAGGGAUAGAUGCCUCCUUAGAGAUGUCAAGCAGUCGGAAGUAUGAUAAGCAAAUGGCCGUGCCUUCCAGAAAUACAAGCAAGCAAAUGAAUCUGAAUCCUAUGGAUUCACCUCAUUCCCCCAUCUCCCCGCUGCCACCCACACUCAGCCCUCAGCCAAGAGGUCAGGAAGCAGAGAGUUUGGACCCACCUUCUGUCCCUGUGAAUCCAGCCCUCUAUGGAAAUGGGCUAGAACUUCAGCAGCUGUCCACGCUGGAUGACAGAACUGUCCUCGUAGGCCAAAGACUGCCUCUGAUGGCAGAGGUCAGUGAGACAGCCUUAUAUAGUGGGAUUAGGCCAUCCUACUCGGAGUCAUCAGAUAAAUGGUGGCAGAGUUUUCGUCUCCCGUCCAGUGAGGAUGCUGAGUUCCGGCCUCCAGAACUCCAGGGGGAAAGAUUUGACACCAAACUGGACGUGAACACAGAGAGCACUGCACUGCAAAGACUCUUAGCACAGCCUAACAAGCGCUUCAAAAUCUGGCAGGAUGAGCAGCCUCAGGUGCAGCCACCCCCCUUCCUCGACCCGUCCUCUCUGUCACAGCAGCCUGGAGACACUUUGGGAGAAGUCAAUGACCCAUAUACCUUUGAGGAUGGCGACAUAAAAUACAUUUUCACAGCAAAUAAGAAAUGCAAGCAGGGAACAGAGAAGGACUCCCUAAAAAAGAACAAGUCAGAGGAUGGAUUUGGUACCAAGGAUGUCACUACACCAGGUCAUUCCACGCCGGUGCCUGAUGGGAAAAAUGCCAUGUCUAUUUUCAGUUCUGCUACUAAAACAGAUGUCCGGCAGGACAAUGCUGCUGGCAGAGCUGGCUCCGGGAGCCUUACACAGGUGACAGAUUUGGCACCUUCCCUGCACGACUUAGACAACAUCUUUGAUAACUCUGAUGACGAUGAGCUUGGGGCUGUGUCCCCUGCGCUGCGCUCAUCCAAGAUGCCUACUGUUGGGACUGAGGAGCGGCCCCCUGGGAAGGACGGAAGAGCUGCUGGCCCUUACCCACCAACAGUUGCAGACUUGCAAAGGAUGUUCCCUACCCCUCCAUCAUUGGAGCAGCAUCCUGCGUUUUCUCCUGUGAUGAAUUAUAAAGAUGGAGUAAGUUCAGAGACAGUAACCGCAUUGGGCAUGAUGGAGAGUCCUGUGGUCAGUAUGGUACCCACACACCUCACAGAGUUCAGGAUGGAAGUGGAAGAUGGCUUAGGAAGUCCCAAGCCAGAGGAGAUAAAGGACUUUUCAUAUGUGCACAAAGUGCCACAAUUCCAGCCUUUUGUGGGGUCCUCCAUGUUUGCUCCACUGAAGACGCUGCCAAGCCAUUGCCUGCUGCCUCUGAAGACACCUGAUGCCUGUCUGUUCCGGCCCUCAUGGGCAGUUCCUCCUAAAAUGGAACAGCUGCCCAUGCCCGCUGCAGCCGCUUCCAUUAGAGACGGUUACAAUAAUGUGCCUAGUGUUGGGAGCCUUGCAGAUCCAGACUAUCUGAACACACCACAGAUGAACACUCCUGUGACGUUGAACAGCACCGCCCCUGCCAGCAACAGUGGGGCUGGAGUCCUCCCAUCUCCAGCUACCCCGCGAUUCUCUGUCCCCACACCACGAACGCCCAGGACUCCAAGAACUCCCAGAGGUGGGGGCACUGCUAGUGGCCAAGGGUCUGUGAAAUACGACAGCACUGAUCAGGGGUCACCAGCCUCCACCCCCUCUACCACAAGGCCCCUUAACUCUGUGGAGCCUGCUACCAUGCAGCCAAUUCCUGAGGCCCACAGUCUCUAUGUCACCUUGAUUCUGUCAGAUUCCGUGAUGAAUGUCUUCAAGGACAGAAACUUUGACAGCUGUUGCAUCUGCGCCUGCAACAUGAACAUCAAAGGGGCAGACGUUGGGCUGUACAUCCCUGAUUCCUCCAAGGAGGACCAGUACCGAUGCACCUGUGGGUUUAGUGCGAUCAUGAACCGUAAACUUGGUUACAAUUCGGGGCUCUUCCUUGAAGAUGAGUUGGAUAUUUUUGGGAAGAAUUCUGAUAUUGGCCAAGCUGCAGAGAGGCGCUUAAUGAUGUGUCAGUCCACCUUUCUUCCUCAGAUGGAGGGAGCCCGAAAAGCCCCAGAGCCCCCUGUAAGCCUCCUCCUCCUCCUCCAGAAUCAGCACACACAACCCUUCGCUUCUCUCAGCUUCCUGGAUUACAUCUCCUCAAACAGUCGUCACACACUCCCCUGUGUGAGCUGGACUUAUGACCGGGUGCAGGCAGAUAACAACGAUUACUGGACAGAGUGCUUCAAUGCAUUGGAGCAGGGGAGGCAGUAUGUGGAUAAUCCCACAGGUGGGAAAGUGGACGAGGCUCUGGUGAGAAGUGCCACCGUACACUCUUGGCCUCACAGCAAUGUGCUGGAUACAAGCAUGCUAUCAUCCCAAGAUGUGGUACGUAUGCUGCUGUCCCUGCAACCCUUUCUACAGGAUGCUAUCCAGAAGAAGCGCACAGGCAGGACCUGGGAGAACAUCCAGCAUGUUCAGGGACCGCUCACCUGGCAGCAGUUCCAUAAGAUGGCAGGACGUGGGACCUAUGGUUCAGAAGAGUCUCCUGAGCCCCUGCCCAUCCCCACUCUGCUGGUGGGCUACGACAAGGAAUUCCUGACCAUCUCACCCUUCUCCUUGCCCUUCUGGGAGAAGCUGCUCUUGGAGCCUUAUGGGGGCCAUCGUGAUGUUGCUUAUAUUGUGGUGUGUCCAGAAAAUGAGGCCUUGCUCGAAGGAGCCAAAACUUUCUUCAGGGACUUGAGUGCUGUAUAUGAGAUGUGUCGGCUGGGGCAGCACAAGCCCAUCUGCAAAGUGCUCCGCGACGGGAUCAUGCGCGUGGGGAAGACUGUGGCCCAGAAGCUGACGGAGGAGCUUGUGAGCGAGUGGUUUAAUCAGCCUUGGAGCAGUGAGGAGAAUGACAAUCAUUCCAGACUCAAACUUUAUGCUCAAGUUUGCCGCCAUCACCUAGCACCUUAUUUAGCCACUCUGCAGCUCGACAGUGGCCUGCUGAUGCCACCUAAGCACCACAGUCCACCAGCAGAAGCACAGGGACAAGCCACACCUGGGAAUACUGGGUCUUUACCUUCAAAUUCAGGCUCAGUAGCACCCCCAGCUGGCAGUGCAUUCAACCCCACCUCCAACAGCUCUGCAAACCCUGCAGCAAGUAGUUCAUCUGCCUCCUCUGGGCUUCCAGGCUCCUCGACUGCCUCUGCUUCAGGCAUCCCUCAGAUGAGCACUACCUCUUCUUCAGGAUUCAGUGGUGGCAUUGGAGGGCAGAACCCCAGUGCUGGGGGCAGCUCCACAGAUCGACCUCCAGGGAAUGUGGCUUGCGGAGACACUGAGCCUGGGCAGAGCUCUGCCCAGCUUUCACAGGAUGGACAAGACAGUGUUACAGAGCGGGAGAGGAUAGGAAUCCCCACUGAGCCCGACUCUGCAGACAGCCACGCCUACCCUCCGGCUGUCGUGAUUUACAUGGUGGACCCCUUCACAUACACCGCAGAGGAGGACUCCAGCUCCGGAAACUUCUGGCUGUUGAGCUUGAUGCGCUGCUACACGGAGAUGCUGGAUCACUUACCCGAGCACAUGAGAAGCUCGUUCAUUCUCCAGAUUGUGCCUUGCCAGUACAUGCUGCAGACAAUGAAGGAUGAACAUGUUUUCUAUAUUCAAUACUUGAAAUCCAUGGCGUUUUCAGUGUACUGCCAGUGCAGGCGGCCUCUGCCUACACAGAUCCACAUUAAAUCCCUCACGGGCUUUGGGCCUGCAGCCAGCAUUGAAAUGACGCUCAAGAACCCGGAGCGGCCCAGCCCAAUCCAGCUUUAUUCCCCUCCCUUUAUAUUGGCCCCAAUCAAAGACAAGCAGACAGAGCCAGGAGAGACUUUUGGUGAGGCGACCCAGAAAUACAAUGUACUCUUUGUGGGCUAUUGUCUGUCUCAUGACCAGCGCUGGCUCUUGGCAUCCUGCACUGACCUCCAUGGGGAAUUACUGGAGACCUGUGUUGUAAACAUUGCUUUACCAAACAGGACCCUUCCUGUUUCUCUCUCUUUCAGGUCACGGAAGAGUAAAGUGUCUGCGCGUAAGAUUGGGCUGCAGAAAUUAUGGGAAUGGUGCUUGGGGAUUGUCCAGAUGACAUCUCUGCCCUGGAGAGUGGUCAUCGGCCGCUUGGGGCGUCUUGGCCAUGGGGAGCUUAAAGACUGGAGUAUCCUCCUUGGAGAAUGUUCACUACAGACAAUCAGCAAACAGCUCAAGGAUGUGUGCCGGAUGUGUGGGAUCUCCGCUGCAGACUCUCCUUCUAUCCUUAGUGCCUGCCUGGUUGCCAUGGAGCCCCAGGGGUCCUUUGUUGUGAUGCCAGAUGCCGUCACAAUGGGCUCCGUGUUUGGCCGAAGCACUGCGCUGAACAUGCAGUCGUCUCAGCUGAACACACCUCAGGAUGCUUCCUGCACCCAUAUCUUGGUGUUCCCAACAUCGUCCACCAUCCAAGUGGCUCCCGCCAACUACCCCAAUGAAGACGGGUUUAGCCCCAACAAUGAUGAUAUGUUUGUAGACCUUCCAUUCCCAGAUGAUAUGGACAAUGACAUUGGCAUCUUAAUGACUGGGAACCUCCAUUCCUCUCCCAACUCAUCCCCAGUUCCCUCACCAGGCUCUCCCUCUGGAAUCGGUGUGGGCUCUCACUUCCAGCACAGUCGGAGCCAGGGUGAGCGACUUCUGUCUCGGGAGGCCCCGGAGGAGCUCAAGCAGCAGCCACUGGCCCUUGGGUAUUUUGUGUCAACUGCCAAAGCUGAAAACCUCCCGCAGUGGUUUUGGUCAUCGUGUCCCCAGGCCCGGAACCAGUGCCCUCUCUUCCUAAAGGCUUCACUCCAUCACCACAUCUCUGUAGCACAGACAGAUGAGCUCCUUCCUGCCAGGAACUCCCAGCGGGCUCCACACCCUCUGGACUCCAAGACCACAUCUGAUGUUUUAAGGUUUGUUCUGGAGCAUUACAAUGCCCUAUCCUGGCUCACGUGCAAUCCGGCCACCCAGGACCGCACUUCCUGCCUUCCCAUCCACUUUGUGGUGCUCACGCAGUUGUACAACGCCAUCAUGAACAUGCUCUAACCAGGAAGUGGGUCCCUCUGCCUCAGCUCUCCUGCAGCCUUGGCCAAGGAGCCAGCUCCAGUCUACAGAUGCCCGGCCUUUUCCAGAGCACUCCCUACAGCCCUGCACUGUGACGCCUUCUGAGCAGGCACUUGCUCUUUCUGCAGUGUUCGUGCCACAGUGACUCCUUGACGUGUUUCAUGAGGACCUGGAAAUUUCCUUAAGAAGUGACUUGAGCCAAUGUGUGAUGUGUGCAGCCCGCAGUCACCAGGAAGAGGGAAACAGAAAAGACACUGUCCUUUUGCACAAGCGUCUGCGGUCAGCCUCUGUCAGUGUCAGGCUGUCCAGCCCUCUGGAUGCAAUCCUCUAGCCAAUGGUGGGUGCCUGUGGGGCACCCGGAUUCCAUAACCUGGGACGUGUCACAACUACGAACCAACUCCAUCCAGUACAGGUUUAGUACUGGGGUCUCCGCCUCCCCAGCCUGUCAGGAGGGCUUUGGUUGUCCACACACCCUUGUAGACACAGGAGGUCUGGAGACAGCUGCAUUUUGUUUAUUUAUUUUUAAUUUUGUUGUAAGGUUUUUGCAACUUUGUUUUUUCUAAUCUUGAGGACCAGGUACAGUAGCUGAAACCCACUGAGACCCACCAUAGGAUUCUCUGACCACAUACCUCUGUCCUAGAAGCCAGAAAAGGAGUGAGAACUGGGGAGAUCAUGCCAGAAAAGCAAUGCAGUCAUAACCACCCAGCAGUAGAUUCUGUUAAGAACCACCAGGGUUCCGAGUGUUGUGCUGUGCUGUGUGGCCCACACCGUGGGUGGGUUACACUUGUCUACGAAGGCAGUCAGGCUCAGCCCCGCACUGGAGGCGGCAAGGACCAUAAUCACUUCUCUAUACAGUCACAUGGAAAUAAAUAUCUUUUCUAGAGAAUCUUACAGAACCCAGGUCUCUCCUUUCAUUAGAUCAAAAGGGACUUUUGUACAUAUCACAAAAACCGGUUACAAACAUGGUGAAUUUUCUUCUGGACCAUAGGAAUAUCAUUUCAAAGAAACAAAUAGUACAACUCAACCGUUAAAUCAGUACUUGAAGCUGAGCCUCUGUGUGGAACUUUAAAAAAACAAUGCCUUUUUAAAGCAUUAACAGCUGAUUGAAGUAUUUUUGACUCCCCCUCCCAGACCUUAGGGUUGACUUUGAAGCCCUGUUUCUAGCCCUUAUGUCAUAUGUUUCUGUCUGUGGGUGGUGGUGUGGACUGGCUUCCCAGAGCUGCCUGAUGGGCAGUGAGCCUGACUUCCAUGGGAGAGUCCUGCAAACUAAGUUCUUCCAAGAGACUUUCAUGUCCUGGUUAUUAACAAAGAAAAAAAAGGAAAAUGUAAUAAUUGAUGUGAUUUUGUAAAAGUAUUUUUCUUGAGAUAAUCUAACGUUUAAAACAUUAUAUUACAUAACAGAUGGUGGGGAUGUGAAAGCAGAGAAAUAACUUGUAAAUGGGUGAUUGUUCUCUGUCCCACCAGCUGGGGGGGGGGAUGACUUUCCAAUGUAUAGCUUAAAAUAUCUGAUAUAUCAAACCAUUUGUAUCUAACGUGUACAGUGUAAAAUUGACUUAAAUAUCGCAGUGCUAUUUUUUCUUAUCAGAGAGGAAACCCUCAAGGCCUUUUGAGAACGUGAGAUGAUGGGGAUGUACACUUGUAUAAAGUCACCCUGGCGAAGAUGGGCUGUAAAGUAGAUGUUUGUAGUCUUUUACCACUUGGGGUUGCUUUUUCUCAGAAUUCAUCAGAACUUUGAACCUCUCUCUCUCUCUCUCUUUUUUUUAAAUGGACUGUUUUUACUGCAGGGGCUUUUCUUCCCUAGAAACCCAACUCUACACAGAAAAAGAAAAAAAUGAAAGAAAAAAAAAACAAAAAAAAAACCCAGAAAAACACUAUAAAAAGUUUUAAAAGAAGGCAGCAAAGGGUAGUUUUCAUCUGGUGUCUUUUAUUUAAGUUUUUAAGUUAAGAAAGGCUGGUGACAUAUUUAUACGUUUUUUGUGCAAAAAUAAAUGAAUGGCAAUAGAUUUAAAAAAAUCUUAUUAUGUACUUCUGUGUGAAAAAGUCUGUAUAAUAUUUCCCUUAAAUAUGCAUUAUUUUACUUGUGAGUUUUUUACAGAAUUAAUCUGAAAUGUACAAGCCCUGGAUUUGCUACAGAGUGAGAAGUUAUUUUAUUUUUUUUUUUAAUUUUUAAUUUUGAAAAUUCUGCAGAAAUCAGAACUCCUACCAUGGUUUGAAAUGGGGAGGUGGGAGGGGAGCAGGGAGGGCUUGUCUGGCAUGCCUGUAUGUAUAUUUCAGAGCCUUUUUUAAAUGUAAAAGCUGUACAUUUCUGGGAAGUUCUGAUUUUUUUGUUUCCUUUUUCCUUCAAGCAUUUUUGCAGUGAGCUUCUUUUAUAUAUAGCAGACAAUUGGAAAGAAUACAAAAAUAUGUGUUGUUCAUUUAAGAACUACAGCACAGCGCUGGUUCAAUACACUAAAGACUUUGAUAAAAAGAAACAAUGAUAAAGGCCUCCAUUUUAAAUGUCAUUCAUAUAUACCUUGUGGAUGAGAGCUAUAUACUUUUACACACUUUUUUAGAGGAAUAAAUUAUUGAAUUACUGAAA